UCUUUCUUUUUUUCUUCCUCCUUCUACUCCUCCAACCACAAAGAAGGUUGGGUCUUCUUCUUCCUUCGGCUUUAUGUCUUGAUGUCCCCAUCACAUAUCUUCAUGUACUUAUCUCUUACUGAUGAGGUUUCGAGGUAAAAAAAUAAUUUUUGCUGGCCUUUCUUUUCCCAUAUCUUCAUGUACUUAUCUCUUCCUGAUGUGGUUUCGAGGAUUAUGCAAUGGUUAAAUAGGGGAACAGGAGAACAGGAGAGUGUUUGAUAAGAGAGAACAACCAUUACAAUGAAUAUCUGUAGGCAUUUUGAUACUUUAUUAUGCAGUGGGAGUGCAUCUUAAAGGAAUUUCAGGAGGUGCAGUGACUGGACUGUGUCUUGAGUUGGCUUAAUCUUGUUUGGGAUAUUAUUUUUAUUUUAAACAUUUGUGCCUUUUAUACAUCUUGAUAAUUAGAUACAGGAAAGCUUGUCGAAUGGAAAUUUUGUUAUAUUAUACCCCUUAAACACCAAACUUGUUCCAUCAACAAUUCAACAAUUCAACAAUUCAACAAUUCAACAUUGAAAUAUUAUUUUGGAACUGCUUACUUGUGAAUCAGUUUCUAAAUUCACGUUAUUCUUUUCAGUUUUCUUAUUUCACUAGAUUUUUUUACAGGAGGGAAAUGAACCACUGGUGUCUGCUGCUUUAGACUUUAAAGCAAUGCUUGAGGCAGCACUUCUCAGCCCUUACAAAUUCUGUAUGAUUUACAUCUUGGUUUCUUUGCUAUGAUAAGGAGAGUACAUCACUGUCUAGUGCUGUCGACGGAAAUGUGAGCAACACUGAACAAAUUCGUGCAGAGCUGGAUUCUGCAGCAUCCAUGGCAUCGGAUACCGUUGAAGUUGCCAGUUCUGAAAAUACUGCUGGAAUUAUAGAUGCAGUUCCACCUAUUACUUCUGGAAACUCCAUCUCUAUUCAGGAUUCAGACAUCCAAUCACAUAAUUUGGCUUCUGCAUUAAUUUCUGGAAGCCUUUUUGACGUGGAUGAGGAAUCAUUUCCUUCAUCUGUUCAAGAAAUUCAUGAAAUCUUCCCAACCAAAGAUGUAGAUACCCAUCAAGGUGUUAAUGAGAUAGAAACUGGACCUAGUCCUCCAUUGGUAGCUGACGAUGCCGCUGCAAACAACAUUGCUUCUCAGAAUGAACCUCUUCCAGAUAACCAAACAUCCACAACAUCAUUACCUCCUCUAGAUGAUGCGGAUGAUGUAAUAGAGGCUAGUGAGCUGCAUUCUGGAUCUGCUGGAUUGUCUUUCCAUGCGCCCAAUGAGAGAGAUUCAGUUGAUGCAUCUUCAGAAACUUCGACUUAUGGAGGAGUUGAAGGCCAUUGCCAAAUCUCCAAUGAUCUGCUGAUGUUAUGUGAAGACAAACAUGAAAAAAAAAUUUCUUCUGGCCAAACAGUUGGAGGAUCAUUGCCACUUCCUUCAAAGGAGAUAUUCUGUGGUUCUGAUUGUGAUGAUGAUUGUGAUGAUCAUGAAGAGGAUCUUUCAGUCAUAUCUGAAGAUGCUGUAGUUUCACAAAGUCAUCUGGCCAGUCAUAAUGUGACUGGUGAUGGAGAGCCGCAUACAUCAAGUAGCCACCAUUCUGGGAGUUAAUUUGUCUUUCAUGGAAUGAUUUUCAUGACCAAGUCAAAGACUCGACUUAAGAAUAGAAGAAGCCAACUAUAGACAGUAUGCCAACAGUUGAGGAUAACACUUUCUCCACCCUGUUAUCUGUUUCGCAAGAAUCGGAAAGCCUUUCUUGCUCAAGAAACUCUCAUGACUUGGUUUCCCUGCUCAAGCUCUAGCAAGAAAUAAUAUUCCAAAAACAAAAAAAAGGUGACUACAGAUCGGAGAAUAUACUGUUGCCAAAAAAAAGGGUGACUACAGAACCUCACACUAACAUUUUUUUUUGUUUUCUGGAUCCAAUAUUGGGGGGACCAAUCAAAUGCAGUCUUCAAUGACACUUGUUCAACUCAACUGACGGCUUCUCCUUUAACUCCCUACUGGUUAUGUACACUGCUGUUAAUCAUUUGCUGAAGAUAGAGCUGCAUGUAUUUGUUCUCACCAUAUUCAGUGCAUUCAAACCUUUAGACUAAGAAAUCUCUGUCAUUUUAAAUUCUCAUAUUUCACUCCAACUCAGAAUGGGUCAUACUUAACCCAAACCAUUAGGGACAGGUCAUUAACCAGUUUAAUUUUUUGAAUAAUUUGGAUUACUUCUUAGAA